AUGGGGAAGAAAGGCAAAAACUGCUCGCGCGCCCUCGCGCUUGCGGUGGCAUCCUCGCCUUCUGCAACUGGUGGAGCUGGGGUUCGCGGGGUGGCCGGGAAGAAAUUUUUGGAGCGCCGCGACGGAGGAAGUCUUGCGAGUGACAUCAACAAGCUCAUUGGGUGGGAGGUGUUUGCCGAAGACAAAUAUCCACUGCAAAUGCGUGCUCUGUGUCGGGCAAAAAUGAUUUAGAACGGUUGCUGUCGUCUUUUUACCUCCUGCAUGUGACCACGAUAAUAAUCAUUCUUUGAUGGCGCGGAAGACGAGCCUGUAUAUCGUGGGGCCACUGAUGUGAUAAAUGAUUGUCGCGAUUUUUUGUCAUGCAGCGCGUCGAGCAUUUCACUCAGCGCGUCUACAUGAUUCGGUAUGAAUGUAUCAUCAGAUCUCCUUUGUGUCACCGAUCAUGAUGAUGUCGUCGUGCAACUUUGCAAACCCUGACCCGGAGCCGGACUGCAGAUUUGCAUUGGAUAACAAGCCGGGGCGCCAGGAUGCGCAAACCACGGAGGGAGGAGGUCAGCUACCCCACACAAAACGGCCACAGCUGUGCCUUGUAACCAAAGUGAAAGGAUUUCGUUUUCGACCCAUGCGUUGGCGAAACGCUCUAGUCAUAUAAUGCAUAUUUAGUGUUGCUCUUGAUCAUUUUAUACACUACAGUCAUUACCGACACGAUAGAAAAAUAAAAAGCUCCGUGCGAACAAUUCAGUUUUUUAUUUCUACUUGAGGCAGAAAGUCGGAGUCGCAGUGAAGAUCAUGAACUUGAACAGGUCUUGUAGAUAAAGCAGUUACUUAAAGUCCACGCUGACCCUUAAAGGCGUGAAAGUGCGGGCUUCAAGUUCAAACAAUUAUACCUCAAGCUCAAGGGAUAACAGAGCAGACAUCACUAUAUAAUACAUCCCCAUUUGUAUUUGCCUUACCAUGAUUUCCAGGUUGUUAGCAGCUGGUCUCUACCUAUAGAAACAACAGGUCCCACUUAAAGAACAAAUCGUUUAUUUGGUUCUGAAGGAGUGGGCGGUCGUUUUGCGUGCGAUAUGCGAGCGCACUGCAGCAGGGGUCCAACGAAGUCACUGACAGCAGCGCUCCUCUGGAAAAUGCACAGCAUCUUCCCGAGGAUUCGUCGCCUGGUGGCCACGCCGAAGGUGGUGGUACGACGGAGGUCGAGCAACCGGAGCGCGCCGGUAGCGGAACGGACGUGUUGCCCCCUGGACCCGCAGUCGCUGUCCCGUCCCACCAGCACGCGUCCUUCCUCGACGAAAACGAGGAGAAGCGGCAACCGACGCCACCCUCUCCCACGCAAGAAUUGGAUGCAGUUACAACUGCUGAUUUUUCCCAGGCGAGGAGCGAAGUUGCGAACAGCGACUCGUCCACCAAUACGCAGCAUGAGGAGAUGAAACCACAGCCGGGCCACACCGAAACUGCGGCGGAAGUCGACGAACAUCCGGCGCGGAUAUGCAUUACAAUUAUGUCUGGAUCUGGAUUUGUAAUGCUGAAGAGAUUUCAGGUACAACUAUGGUACAACAAGUCAACGUAAACGUCGAGAUCUUUGUGAAGAUGCGUGAAUACUUACAAGGCGCCAGUUUUUUUGCCGCGCUGGAAGCCAGUCUGUCGUGCGUUUGACGAAUGCAUCCGCAAAAAGCCUGAAAAACUUCUGAUGCUGGUAUUCUGCGAUGCGGAUGCGAGUAUCAGCAACACAAGUCUCCAGACUCAGAAAACACAUUUGCACUGCAUAAUUGAGCAACGGGAGCGUUUCCGUGCGCCGUGAACCCGUCGAUUCGGCCCAGCACACUUCCUUUCUCCACGAAAACAUUGGCGAGCAAACAUCAACGCAAUCAUUUCCCGCACAACAUCAUGGAGCAGUAUCGAGGCAGGAUUCCGAUUCGUCCAAGAUUUCGGGCAGCGACUCGUCUCCCAUUGUUGGCCAGGAAGCAGCAAAACCAGCAACAGAGCAUGCCGGUGACAUAUGUAAAUGCUGCAAAACCAGCAACAGAGUUUGUGAUGCUGACAUAUGUAAUGCUGACUACGCGGAUCUCAGAAUCCCGCAUGAUACAUAA